AUUGACAUUUGAAAACAAUGCAGGAUCUCUACUUGGAUGAUUUCUAGUUUCUACUUUCUAUCAUUAUUUUAAAACAAAAAAGUUUUAUUUUACUGUUUUGAAAAUGAACAUAAAGUGUUAAUUUAACUUGUAAAUAGUGAUAGGGCCAUAAAGUGAAAUAACAUGUGAUAUAAUAUAAAGUUAUUUGUACUAAUUUUUUUUUUAUUAUUUUGUUUACUGUUCAAAAUAUCAGUUAGGAUGAGUACAUCCGAGAUAAAACUUAUAGAACGACUACGCCAGGAGAAUCUGGAACAGUUUUUUACAUUAGUGCGCAUGCAUUUAUCAUUCGUUGUAGAUAUAAACACAGACGACGUCGACUGUUCGACGGAUAAGCCAAAACAAUUUCGAUGGAAUUUCCAUAAGAAGUCAAAGAAUGCUGCCACAAAUACUAGUCAAAGUAAUACAAAUACUACCAAAAAUAAUGCAGAAGCUAACUCUAUUACCGAAGAAGGGAUAGCUAGAUUAAAUGAGCUUAUAGAUUUUUUAUCAAAAUCUGACAAUGUAACACAAGAAGGAAUAUUCCGGCGCACUGGUUCAUUGAGUCGUCAACAAGAAUUGAGGCAGUUACUACACACUGGAUCAAGUCUUGGUCUGGAUGAAGGCAAAUUCUCGGUACAUGACUGUGCAUCUGUGUUAAAGGGUUUCCUUGCCGAGCUGCCACAACCGUUACUGAUGGAUCAGUAUUAUCAAACUUAUUGUAUAUUAGCAGCUCAAUACCCACCCAAUGCUGAGUCAUCAGAAACAAAGCUACUAACUGCAUUACAGUUAUUACUCUUACUAUUGACACCGUCUCAUAGGAGUUUCCUAGAAAGGCUACUAAGUCUACUGCGGCUUGUGGCUGAUAAUGAAGCCAGCAAUAGAAUGUCACCAGACACUCUUGCUACAAUGUUUACUCCACAUCUUUUGUGUCCAAGAAAGUUAUCGCCAGAGAACUUCCACACAGAUUCAAUAGCUCUAUCACCAGUUAUAAGCUUCAUGAUACGCCAUUCGUUUCGUCUAUUUGAAGCCCCCGCACAACUAGCUACAGACGCAUCUGCUUAUUUCGCGUUGCGGGAACGGAAACGCAUUAUGUCACCUGACGUUGACUUGGAUGAGAGUAUCACAGACAGGACAGCAGCGAAUACAGUAUACACAUUCGUAGACCGCCAUAGAACUCGCGUUGAAAACGAGACCAACCCCACAGACACUGCCUUGGCACAACUGUAUGCGCACAUACAAGCAUUGCCUGACUCACACCAUAAACGACGACUCGUUAAACAUUUUAACAGACAGAAUGGAUAUGGCACACCAAUACAAAUACAAAGGACAGGCAAAGUUGCUGGUUCUAAAAGUUUCGGAGAUUCGAUAAAAAGGCACAUUUUCAACAAAGGUCUCCUGAACAAAACACCAAAGAAGGGAUCUACUUCUGCUAUACAUACUGUAGAAGAGAAGUCUAAAGGCAAAUUUAAGUUCUCUGAUGACAGUAAAGAUGUUUCGCAUAAAAACAUCGUACUAAAGAACUUGGCCCAUAAGAUGGCAAGUUCAGAAUCGUUGGACGACGAUUAUGAUUCUGACGCCAGCAAUGAAAGCACAUUAUCCGAGGGAGCGUUAAAUAAAUCCCGGAAAUUGAGUCCUAAAUUUGUUUCUGAACCUAAUCUAAGUGCGCUAGACUCGAAUGACGAAACACCAAAACAUACCAAAAAACGAGGAUCAAGACUGUUCAGAUCGAAAGUCGUGUCGCAGCAAAAUAAAAAGUAUCAAAAGCGCAUGAAUAUACGUAGUACGCCGACGUCUUGUGUUUCGUGCGUUGAGGAUGAGGAUACCGCGUCGGACACAGAUUUUUGCACUACAGAUGAUACGCCAAAGAAAAGUAACAUUUAUAACAUGGAUUUAGAGUUCAAAAUGAAUUAUUUGACAAGUACUCCUGGGAUGUCGGAGGUCGUUCUAGACGAGGAUUGUGCUACGCCUUAUACUAUCAACUUUAGGAGGGCAUCAAUGUCGCCCAUAACGAAGUCGACGCAAAAGCUGUCGAAAGCUAUGCAGGAAUCAAUAAUGACGCCACGAUCUCGUAAACCAUUAAUAAUAACAUCAGAGCAGCGGGAUAGUUUACCAGAAAACCAAAGUGUGCUGGUAACAAAAGAUCAAGAUAAGUCGGAUAUUUACCAAUCUCUAUCUCCGAAGAAUGAUAGCGAUUUCGUCUCCUCGGACGACGAUAUGACGAGGUCUUCAUAUUCAUGCGACAGAUCAAAUUCAGCAAGUACGUCUUUACCGAAAAAAAUGAUCGAUACAAAUUCUUCAAACACUAGUCAAUUAUUAUGCGAUGCAUCAAAAUAUGUAUAUAACAAUGAAAAACGGAAUCGCAUUGAUUUAAAUACCACGUUAUGUGACGAGAAAAUAAUUGAACACAAAUCCUUAUCACAACCAUUCAAAGAGUAUUUAUUGAGCAGAUCCGUAUUAACUGCGACUCCCAUCGAUUUAUCGAUUUUAAAUAAAUCGGAUGAUGAAGCAUUGACCGACUCAUUGAUGUACUGUCUAGAUGGAAAUAUACCAUCGGAUUUGACAUCAUCGAUUAGUAAUUUGGCAGUCGAUUCGAAUAUCUCGCAGGGUAUGCGAUCGCCGUUGAAGAAUCUAAAUGUUAUAGAACUAAGUCCAAAUCGUAAGAGGUGCGGCGAUGUGAUAGACGUUUCAACUGAGAAUAAAAAAACUAUAAUUGAAAAGGAAAAUAUGAAUCAACAUUUUGAAUUGCGCGAAACCGACUUGUAGAGACAAAGAUAUUGAGGGAAUUAAUUAUUGAGAUCCGAUGGAGACGAUAGGAGAAAUAGACACUAGAUCUCAUAAGUGCGAGCGAGAUAGCACGCGAUCCAUCAUGUCAACUAUCAUGUGUAACUUGGUUGACUUUAUUUAAAUUUAAUUUCUAUACCAUCACAUACUAUAUUAAUUUAAAUACUCACUUGUACGUCAGUGUACGCAAUUCUGUAAGAUCUUAAAUUUCUUCCUUGAGCGAAUUUUAAAUUGUCAUCAUUCGUGGAUUAUCUUCUUUCUUUUCUUUUAAACCAAAAGGAUUCUAGCAUUUAAUAUUUACCUCAAUUGAUAAUAAAACAAUUUCGUCCUAUGUAAUUUAA